CCCUUUCGGGUUUGUGAUAUUCUUAUAUAGUUAUUAGUGCCCACCGGCUUGAAGGGCUUCCAUUUAUUCUUCUGGGUAGAAAGAGUUCAAACAUCUUGAGUAGAAUGAUUAUUUCUUACUAUAUGUGCAAGAAUUCGACAGAAGUUCUGGGGUUCUGAAAAGAUCAAACAGAGUAGGCUGCUCAAUUUGAGAAUUUAGGCCUCUUCUUGUCUAGAAAAGAUCCAAACAUUGGAGUACAUAUUAUCAUAAAAAUGGAGGGAAGGGGUGUAUCAGAAUUAUAUAGAAAUGCAAGUGAGGAGCUAUUUCUUAAAUCUUGGGGGGAAAACUCAAUCGGAAUGUCAACACCAACCAUGGAGAUGAUGGGAUUUAAGAAUCUUUCUCAGAGCUUCCGUACAGAUAGUGAGGAACUUUUCAAAAGCUGGCUAACAAAUGGAGAGAACGUCAACAACUCAUCAGGUCCGGCUUAUCGCAUUCGACAAGCAUCAAGAAGGAUUUCCUCUGAGAUUGUUGACCUGUCUAGUCCUCAGUAUGUGGGAAAGCAUCAAAAGAGAAUAAGCAAUGAUAUUUUACGUCCACAAAGUGCCUCUGUGGCUGAUGAUGUCUCAGGAGUUAAUCAACAAGUGUUCAGGAAUAUUGUUGAAGGUGAAGUGCAAGGUAGUAACCUAUAUCUUGCUAAGGCAUGGUUCCAUAGUUCUCAACCUAUGACAAGAAGUCGAUCAUCCGAGCUAAGGAGGAGGUACGCUGCAAUGCAAAGCAAUCAAGGCUCAUUUGGUAUCCAGUCCAUUUAUGACUUGUCAGGGCAUGCAAUGAAACUAGAUGUUGCAUACUCGCAGGGUUUCAAUGACCUUUCUACUUGUGAGGUUCCAAACCAGCCUGUAACAUUUGCAUCCCCAUCCAAUUCAUCGGCAUCGACAUUCAAUGCAUCUAACAUGUAUGAUGUAGAUAAAAUUUCUUCAGUUGUAAACAUGCUAAAGGACACAAUAGAACGGAAGAAGCUAAAUAAUCAGAUUGAUAAAGAGGCACCGGAGGAUAGUUCAAACGCACAUUUUUGUGCUCAAGAAACUAUUGGCCACUCUAGUUUCAAUAGAAGCAGUAACAAUUAUUUACAUCAAACACCAAACUAUCUUCUGGAAGUCUCUCCUGUUCAAGUCAAGGAUAAUAGAAUUUUGGAAACGGUUGGGCUAUCAACAGAUAUUGAUUUCAAAGCUUUUGUAAAUCCUGUAAAUCCCGUAAAUCCCGUACAGUCAGGCAGAGUUUCUCAAGAGCCUUCUCAAAGUGAAUCUUCUGCUGCAGCAGCAGUAGUUUCACCCGGGUUUGAGGCAUAUGAUGGUCCUAGCAACUCAAAUCAAACUCAUAGCAACAGUGAGAGCUCAAGGAAACAAGUUGAAAAUGGAUCUCGAUCAAAAGAUUUCAGAGAAAGAAUAAUAGACAACUUAAAAGAUGAUAGAAAGAGGGGAAGUCUAGUUCGUAAUGGGUCCGUAACAUCAGCUGUUUCAGUGGACAAAGGGGAUCCCACAAAAAAGCGCCGGGUGGAACGAUCACGAAAAAUGGCAGAGGCGAAGGAGAGAAAUAUGACACCAACUAUUCCAUCAGAUAUGCAAUCAGUUCUGAAGCGGUGUGAUACUCUUGAGAAGGAAGUGCGGUCACUGAAGCUCAAUUUGUCCUUUAUGAAUAGGAAGGAUUCUGAGCAGACUAAGCAGAUAGAGGAUCUUCAGAAGCAGAAUGAGGACUUGGCAGAUGAAAAAGAACGCCUACUUGAAGAGAUUGAAAGGAUUCUCUCAGAAACUGGCGGAAUGUAAGUGUUAUAUUGAGCUUUUAUUGGACUGUGAGACCCUAUACUGAAAUUAUGUACAGGCAUAGCUAUAAGCUUAUAUUUAAAUUGUUGCAGUUAAAAAACUCGUAGUUGGACCUUGGGUUGGGUCGAUCGGUCUGCCUAUGGUGAGCACCGGUUGGCUCGUCCCUUCUACCGACGAUGCGCUCCUGGCCUUAACUGGGCGGGUCGUGCUUCAGUGUAGGGCCCAACAGUUAUGUGCAUGAGUAGUUUUGGGACUUUAUAACUUCUCAUCUCUGUAACUCUUAGAAAGUUCACAAACAGAUGGUUAAUUGGUUGUUUGCUAUUUGAGAGUUGAGAAAUGUAUGAAUGUCCUGAACAUUCAGUGACCAUAGACAAGUACAGGCAGAUUAGUGUAAUUUGCUUCAA